UGUUUGUAGUUUGGCGAGCUGGAAAUUUGCAAAAUGUCACAAACUCAUCUUACAGUAAAUAUAUAUAAAUAUAAUAAAUAUUUUGCCAAGGAACCCUCCCCAGUUUGUGUGAAAAACACAUACAAGUGCUUCCAUAACUUGGUGGUGUGUAAAGGAAUGCAUAUAAAAUGUAUAACCGAUUUUGGGGUCCCGACCCAGUUCUUGGGAACCACUGGGUUACAAAUGAAUGGAGGUCUUUGCAGAGUCUGCUACAAACAGCCUUCUCUCUCCUCCCUCUCUGUAUGCGUGUGUGCAGCAGCUUUUACUUGAAAAGGAGGGAGUUGUGUGUGUGUGUAUGUGUGUGUUUACGCGCGCGCGUGUUUGUACCGGAGCCACAGGACUCUGGUGCCUCGACUGUGGGCUCGUCUAUACAUUGUUUCCCCCGCCUGGAACCAGACUGACCCAAUUCACGCUCUGUAUGUUUUGCUGCCGCAGUUUUCUGAGCUCAUUUGGGUUAUUUUUACCUCUUAUGUCACUUCUAGCCAACAGGACCCAGACUGGUUGAGGGUCACACACUGAGGGAUGAAUGAAGCCACGGGGCAGGGAUCCGGCGCAAUCCAAGCAGAUCUGAUAAAAAAGAUGACUCAGAUUAGAGGGAUUAUGAAAUGAAAAUACUUUUUUCUGUUGGUUUUUCCUCUUUCUUGUUGUAGUUAGUGAUCACCCUCAUCAUCAGCUGCUGCUGCUGCUCCAUCAAUUGACGCGCAAAAGGAAGAAACCACCUGAGGUGGAUGCGCGCCUCCUUGGGUGUAAAACCUGAAAGAGCGGUGAGAUCUGGCUCGGAGCGCAUGAUUCAGUGGCUGGAACGGAGUCAAGGACUUUUACGAAUACAUUUCUUCGAUUUAUUGUUUCCAGUCUGAAGGAAGGCACAACAUUAAUCCAUCUUCCAGCUUCUACACAGCCACAUUCCCCUGUGCGUAAUGGCACCGAGCGCUCCUCGGCUUCCUGCCGCUCGCCUCGCGAACCUGGACGCGGUCAGCGGAGAACUUUUCAAUCUGUACGGAUGAUGCUUUUCCUCCAUGGCAUCUGAUGAAUCUUCCUCAAGGCAAUAGUAACAGGUCAGCCAAACAUCUCAACUCCAAUGUCACCUGGGCGUCUCCAUGGCUAUGUUUAGUAGCACAGAACAGCCCUGGAACGUGUCGGAACGCCUCGGAUGGGACGAGAAGAACGAGAGUGCAGAGGCAACGGGGCAGGAACAGACAGAGCACAACUACUAUGCCAUGCUGUAUUCUCUGCUCAUUUUGGCCAUUGUGUUUGGGAACGUGCUGGUGUGUUUAGCUGUGCUACGAGAACGUUCCCUGCAGACCACCACAAACUACCUGGUGGUCAGCCUGGCUGUAGCUGACCUGCUGGUGGCUCUGCUGGUGAUGCCCUGGGCUGUGUACCUGGAAGUGGUCGGCGGUGCCUGGCUUUUUAGCCGACUCUACUGUAACAUCUUUGUCACGCUGGAUGUGAUGAUGUGUACCGCCAGUAUACUUAACCUGUGCGCCAUCAGCAUUGACAGGUACACAGCCGUAGUAAUGCCCGUCCUGUACAAUACCACCCAUCGCUCCAGGAAGAGAGUCUUUGUUAUGAUUGCGACAGUGUGGGUCCUGGCCUUCACUGUCUCCUGCCCACUGCUCUUUGGUUUCAAUACUACAGAUGACCCCAUGGUGUGCUCCAUCUCCAACCCUGACUUUGUGAUCUACUCCUCUGUGGUUUCCUUCUACCUGCCAUUCGUUGUCACUCUACUCGUCUACAUCCGCAUCUACGUCUUCCUCAGGAGGAGGAGGAAGAGGAUCACCUUUGGCCAGUCCAGUGGAAAGAUCCAGCCAGGAAUGGCUCCUCCUUCUGUGGAGACCUGUCUGCAAGACGACUCUGCCAAGGUGAAGCAAGACCUGUCACCAAUACGGAUUAAAGUGCAGAGUGUAGAACCUUCAAGUUCCCCCAUGCCAAAUCUGCUUACAAGAUGCCUGUGGCGCAAACACCCAAAGACAGCCCCAGUGAAGAACUCAGUGCUGCCCCCAGUGGACACACAGAACUACUGCAGCAUCAGCCAUGCUUCCUGUGGCCGGACAGAGCUGGACCUGGAUCAUGAGAACAGGGGGGAGGAUGAGGAGGACAACAGCCCCGAUGAACAGCCUCCCAUUGUGCUGAGCUGCGAAGUAAAGAAUUUGUCCAACGGGAGAACACACACGUCGUUACGUCAGAUGCCUCACUCUCUCACCAAUAGUUCACGAUUCAGGAGCAUGCACGCCCGGGAGAAAAAAGCCACUCAGAUGUUGGCCAUCGUACUUGGGGUCUUUCUCAUCUGCUGGCUGCCUUUCUUUGUGACCCACAUCCUAAAUACUCACUGCAGGACAUGCUAUGUGCCUCCUGCACUUUACAGUGCUUUCACUUGGCUGGGGUACGUCAACAGCGCCCUAAACCCUAUUAUCUACACCACCUUUAACAUUGAGUUUAGACGGGCCUUCAUCAAGAUCCUCAGCUGCUGAGCCUAAAAAGCAAACCAGGAAAUUAAAAUGGAAAUGAGGCUGACGACCAUGCCGCACCUCUACAGCUCUGGUGCAUUUGGUAAACAGUUGUCACUGACUGGUCAUGGUGAAAGAAGCACAACAAACCCUCCAGCUGGAGUUACACACUGGCAUUGAGGUGGUGAACGGAGUGGGACUGACACUGUGCUGUGCAAUAGAAGGUGAUUAGUUUGUUUUCUUUCUUGGUCUGACUUCAAAAAGUUUCAGUGUUGUGUUUCUGGGACUUCAUUUGAACAGUAUUACCUCAUAAAUUUGGACCUUAAAUGAAACUAAAUGCACACGACGUGCAUAAAGUCUCGUUGAUGGCACAGGGCCGUGGAACUUUCUUGUUGAUUUGUCUCGUACUUUGUGUGCACUGCUCAUCAGCACAGUUUAGAACUCCUUGAUCAAUACCAGUUUGGAAACCAGAGCGGCGCUGUCGCGGCUGAUGCAUUGAUCACAAAGUUGCAGGCACGCCUCACCCUGAGGCACACGGCCAACAUACUGUGGAUUAACUGAAGUUCAACCUCCUCCUCUUCACCUUCCUCUCCAUCACUCAGUCACUGGAUCAUGACAGAAUCAAAAUUCAAGGUCAUUCAAGUAAUUGAAUUGAGCCCCAAGGAUCGUAUUGGUCCCUGCCAACGAUCACAUCGUUUUGAUUGUCAUCUGUAUUGAUGUGAAGGCAUUCUGUGCCAUGUCGAGUUAGUAGAAAAAAAAAACAAAAAACGAUGUAAUAUUUUGAGUUUUGUGAUGCAAAGUUGAAACAUUUUUAGUGUUUGUUACGAGGGGCUUUUUAAUGGCAAACAUCCCAGUUAUUGAAGGAGAAAUCUGUCAAAAUCCAACACAUUUUUCUGUUAUUGCAAAUCACUGAGUGCUGCCAGUAAAAAAAACAAGACGAUAUGGUCCAACGCAAACUGAAUUUAACUUCUGUUUGUGAGCACAGCCCAGCUGUUACAGUUUAAUCUUGUGACUUUUUAUGAGCCCGACAUGUCGUUACAUGUGGUGAACAACAUGAAGUCUUCAUCGUGCUUCAUCAUCUCUAUAUUGAAAUGUAUAAUGUUCAAAGAUGUGGCAGCUCACUACCAUUUUGAGGUAAAAAAAAAAUCCAAAACAUUCAAAAUCUGUCCCCAUCGGUUAAUUUAAAAAAAUCUAGACUGUACGAAUGUCAAAUUUGGACAGAAGUGUGUUUCUACUGACAGUAUUCAGUGUUAAUAAAAGACAGGAUUAUGUGUUAAAACCAGAGGAUUAGCCCUUUACCAGCUGCCUGCUGGCUCCUCUGAUACUGGGAUGAAGGCUGAAGAUUUGUGAUUUAACAAAACGAGUGCGUCGGUAAAGCCUGCGGCGAGCAGAUCUGUCGUGAACAGAACAUUUAUUGCUGUGUGUUGUAAAUAAAAAAAAGUGAUGACAUUUCCUUUUCACCUAGUCCUGCAAUUAUCUUCACCUACACAAUACACAGCGUGUGUUCAUGCAUAUUGCCUUUUCUUUUUUUUUUCCAUAAUGAAAGACGGUAUCAGAAGUUCAGCAAUGAAAGAUUGGUGAGAUGUUUUUCUGUGGGAGGAAAUUGAGAAACAGAAAAUAGAAGCAACAGUGACACAGAAUGAGUCUGGAGUGAAAACAUGUGGUAUAAGACCUGAGGAGAGACAUUAGAGAAGGGGGAAGAGAGUGGAUGUGGAGUAAGAAAAAAACACAGAUCAAAGAUAACUGUAGGUGGAGAGUGAGUUAGGUUGUUUAAAGCUGCAAAAAAAAAAAAAAAAGGUGAUGGAGGAGGAGGAAGAUUGAGGCGUUGGUCUUCCUCAGCCAACAUCUUAAGAUCCCUUAUUGCUCGGUGAGGCACAAACACCUGCUCCCCUGACUCUUUGUGCCAUUGCGUCGGCUCAGGCCUGUUCCACUGAGACCUCUCGUGAUAAUGAUGCACCAGGUGUGUAAUGUGUGAUUGUGUCCCUUUGUUUAUAAGUACACCUGGUGAGAGGAAAAGAGCCUCCAGUGCAAGGUUAUUAUCAGCAGCAAACGUCACCAAGCCUCAGUCUUCAGUCUCCUCUGUCUGUUCUGUCUGUUCUUGUGGUCAACAUCAGGACAACAACAACAUGGUCAACCUUGCAUCGUUACUCACUUUAGUGAGUCAGUGGGGCUCUUGAAUAUAAUUUUAAGACAUUUCUCCAGGAACCUUUGGGAGCUAAAAGCACGACUAAAAUUCCCCAAAUGCCUUAAAAAUGUUUUCCUGAUAUUUAUUUAACUUAAUUGUCUUUAAGUCAGUCUGAGAUCAGGCACAAAAC